AUUAAAGGAAUUAUCUGAAGACAAAGCAUUCUAAUCUUCAAAGACUGGACAAGAGUUACUCUUGCUUUUGGCGAUUAAAAAUGAUGUUGUCAUGGAAACAGUUGAUCCUGCUUUCUUUCAUUGGCUGCCUUGGAGGUGAGCUUCUCUUACAAGGACCUGUGUUUAUCAAAGAGCCCAGCAACAGCAUUUUCCCUGUUGGUUCAGAGGAUAAAAAGAUAACUUUAAACUGUGAAGCGAGAGGCAACCCUUCACCUCAUUACAGGUGGCAGCUGAAUGGAAGUAAUAUCGAUAUGAGUCUGGAACACCGUUACAAGUUGAAUGGUGGAAAUCUUGUGGUUUUUAACCCCAACAGAAACUGGGAUACUGGAAGUUACCAAUGUUUUGCAACAAAUUCACUUGGAACAGUUGUCAGCAGAGAAGCUAAACUCCAGUUUGCCUAUCUCGAAAAUUUUAAAACCAGAAUGAGGAGUACAGUGUCAGUGCGUGAAGGCCAGGGAGUGGUCCUGCUUUGUGGUCCCCCGCCACACUCCGGUGAACUGUCUUAUGCUUGGAUCUUCAAUGAAUAUCCGUCAUUUGUUGAAGAAGAUAGUCGGAGAUUUGUCUCUCAGGAGACAGGGCACCUCUACAUAGCUAAAGUGGAACCGUCUGAUGUGGGAAAUUAUACAUGUGUGGUUAUGAGUAUGGUGACAAAUGCCAGAGUCCUGGGCUCUCCAACUCCUUUGGUGCUGCGUUCUGAUGGUGUGAUGGGUGAAUAUGAACCCAAAAUAGAAGUUCAGUUUCCAGAAACUCUUCCGGCAGCUAAAGGUGCAACUGUGAAACUGGAGUGUUUUGCCCUUGGAAACCCUGUACCUCAGAUUAAUUGGAGAAGAAGUGAUGGAAUGCCGUUCCCGGCCAAGAUCAAGUUGAGGAAGUUCAGUGGUGUGCUUGAGAUCCCAGCCUUCCAGCAGGAGGAUGCGGGGUCCUAUGAAUGCAUCGCGGAGAAUUCCCGAGGAAAGAAUGUAGCCAGAGGGCGUCUCACGUACUAUGCAAAGCCUCAUUGGGUUCAAUUAAUAAAAGAUAUGGAAAUGGCUGUGGAGGACAGUCUUUACUGGGAAUGCCGAGCGAGUGGGAAGCCCAAACCUUCCUACCGAUGGUUGAAAAAUGGAGAAGCCCUGGUGUUAGAGGAGAGAAUACAGAUAGAAAAUGGCGCUCUUACAAUAUCAAACCUAAAUGUGACCGAUUCUGGCAUGUUCCAGUGCAUAGCAGAAAACAAACAUGGACUCAUCUAUUCCAGUGCUGAACUCAAGGUUGUUGCCUCUGCUCCUGACUUUUCAAAGAACCCAAUGAAAAAUUUAGUUCAGGUGCAGGUAGGAAGCCUGGUGAACUUGGAUUGCAAACCCAGAGCAUCCCCCAGGGCACUGUCUUCCUGGAAGAAAGGAGACACAGUGGUACAGGAGCAUGAAAGGGUUUCUUUUCUAAAUGAUGGAGGACUGAAAAUAGCCAAUGUGACCAAAGCUGACUCUGGAAGCUACACCUGCACAGCAGAAAACCAGUUUGGGAAAGCCAAUGGUACCACACUCCUGGUGGUUACAGAACCUACGAGAAUAACUUUGGCCCCUUCUAACAUGGAUGUCUCAGUGGGCGAAAGUGUCAUUUUGCCCUGCCAGGUGCAACAUGACCCUUUGUUGGACAUUAUGUUUACUUGGUAUUUCAACGGAGCCCUCACAGAUUUUAAGAAAGAUGGAUCUCAUUUUGAGAAAGUUGGUGGGAGUUCAUCUGGUGAUUUAAUGAUCAGAAACAUUCAGCUGAAACACAGUGGAAAGUAUGUCUGUAUGGUUCAAACCGGGGUAGACAGUGUUUCAUCUGCUGCUGAACUUAUAGUAAGAGGUUCACCUGGACCACCAGAAAAUGUGAAGGUUGAUGAAAUUACAGAUACAACAGCCCAACUGUCUUGGAAAGAAGGAAUAGACAAUCACAGCCCAGUUACAUCAUAUGCUAUCCAGGCUAGAACACCUUUCUCUGUGGGCUGGCAAACUGUCACAACAGUGCCUGAGGUCAUUGAUGGGAAAACACACACUGCUACUGUAGUGGAGUUAAAUCCAUGGGUGGAAUAUGAAUUUCGAGUUGUAGCCAGUAACAAGAUCGGAGGUGGAGAACCCAGUUUACCCUCAGAAAAAGUAAGAACUGAAGAGGCAGUUCCAGAGGUGCCUCCUUCUGAAGUCAGUGGAGGAGGUGGAAGCCGGUCUGAACUGGUGAUAACCUGGGAUCCAGUCCCUGAAGAAUUGCAGAAUGGUGAAGGCUUUGGGUAUGUUGUUGCCUUCCGCCCUCUUGGAGUUACCACCUGGAUCCAGACAGUGGUGACAUCUCCUGAUACCCCAAGAUAUGUCUUUAGGAAUGAGAGCAUCAUACCAUUUUCACCAUAUGAAGUUAAAGUGGGUGUUUAUAAUAACAAAGGUGAAGGACCAUUUAGCCCAGUGACAACAGUGUUCUCUGCAGAAGAAGAGCCCACAGUAGCCCCAUCUCAGGUGUCUGCCCGUAGCAUGUCUUCCUCAGAAAUUGAAGUUGAAUGGAACUCCAUUCCAUGGAAGUUGAGUAAUGGACAUUUACUUGGCUAUGAGGUUCGGUACUGGAAUAAUGGAGGAGAGGAAGAAUCAUCAAGCAAAGUGAAAGUGGCAGGAAAUGAGACCUCAGCCAGACUCAGGGGCCUGAAGAGCAACCUGGCAUAUUAUACUGCUGUCCGGGCUUACAACAGUGCUGGUGCUGGUCCCUUCAGUGCCACUGUUAAUGCAACCACCAAGAAAACUCCUCCCAGUCAGCCACCAGGAAAUGUCGUCUGGAAUGCGACAGAUACUAAAGUGUUACUUAACUGGGAGCAAGUGAGAGCAAUGGAGAAUGAAUCUGAAGUCACAGGAUAUAAAGUUUUCUAUAGGACUAGCAGUCAAAACAGUGUGCAAGUGUUGAACACAAAUAAAACUUCAGCUGAACUUUUGCUGCCCCUUAAGGAAGACUACAUUAUUGAAGUCAAGGCCACAACAGAUGGAGGGGACGGCACCAGUAGUGAACAGAUCAGGAUUCCGAGAAUUACCAGUAUGGAUGCAAGGGGAUCAUCUUCAGCCAUCUCGAAUGUCCACUCUGUGCCGAGUUACAUACCUGUGGCACUGUUCUUCAUUGUAAAUGCCCUGUGGUGAUGUUUAUUCUUUUUAAAUCAUUUACUGGAAAGUUAAUUGGUUACCAGAAAAAAAAGUGCUUUCAUGAAACAGUGAUUGUGCAUGUUUUUUUAUUUUCAACUCUGUUUUUAACUUUCUACUUCACUAUAGGUAAAAUAUGAAUAUAAUAAAAAACAGUAAAUCCUUUUAGAGGAAUCUGAAAUGCCUUAAUAUUUACUUGAUAAACCAAAGGAAUUUACAUAUCACGUAUUGCAGUCUUUUGAUAGAAAUGUUCUUAAGCAAUGAGUUUAUCACUGCCUAUGAUAAAGAUUCACUCCCACAUAGCCACAAACACACACAUUUUUUUAACCAUGGAAAUGUUAAAUCCAUUUAACAGAAUUUAAUCCAAAUGAUCUUUUCCCAGUAUCACAACAUUAAUUGUAAGACUUAAUCCAUAUCAUUUUAAAAUGGUUACUUAAAUCCCUAAAGGUGAAAACUACAUUUAAACAAUUAUCCUGUUAGAAGGGGGUGGCAUGUGUUGCUGGAAGACGCUUUUUUGGAGCUCAGGAGAAUUCAGUGUCUUUAGUGUACUGCUAAAUUAUUGUGAGAAUUUAGGUAUCACUUUGCUUUCUGUACCUCUCAAUAAAAUGUGGUGGUAAUAAUAUCCAUCUGAUCUGCCUCUGCACCAUGAAUUAGUUUUUAAAAAUUGAAAAUAAAAUGUGAAAGUGCUUUAUUAAACCAAAUGCCAGGUUCCUGUGCAAACUGUUAAUGGAUUUCCUUAAGCAUAUAAAAUGCAUGAAGAUCGGCUGCAUCUUUUAAGCUAGUAUUCUACACUCUAGACAAUACUCUGUUGCGUUCAGUAAUGGGAAAACAAUGUUUUGUCCUUUUUGAUAUUUUAAAACAUAAUUUUAAAAAGAAUUAUUUUCUUCCCACCUAAGAAUAAGCUCUCAGGCUUUAUUACAACCCAGUUGAGAAAAUAAGGAAUGAUCAAAAUCUCAACCCAAAUAUUAAACAAAAUCCACACAAUUCUUUGUUUCCACUUUCUGAUUUCAUUAAAGGAUCUUCUCUCUUUUGGAUGGCAGGGAGGGUUUUUUAAUGAAAUCCCACUGUCUAUCUCAGUGAGUCAGGCAGGCUUUUUAGUUCCUGAGUUAAAAACUUGGAAUAGAACAUGAUGCUGGUACUGACUCUGAUAUGUAUGAUUCAGUCUUUCAAUAUGUGGUUUUCAAAGGAUUGUUGAAGGCAUGAUUUAAUAGCAGCGUGUAAGGAGUAUAUGAAAAUUGGCAGAUAGAUUGAGUAUUAGACUCUCAAAAUCAAUUUUUUACCCCUUUCCUACCAAUUUCACAUUCCUCUGGAACUUGUUUGUAUUUCCAAAGAUACCAGAAUUUGAAAUUGACAGUUCAACUCUAGAAAAAGAUUAAAAAUUAGCAAAAUUUUGAUAUCUUCAUAAAGUACCAUACUUUGUUCAAGAUAAAGUCAUGAUAUUCACAGGAGAAAAAAAUGUAACUUUCUCUGUAAAGUGUGUAUAUACUGUAAAUAAGUAGAAAAAAAUCUGAAUAACUAGUACAUUUCAUAUGACCAUUGUUAUUUCCACUGAAAAAGUGGGGAAACACUUUCUCCAAUACU